CGAUGUUGAGAAGAUUUUGUUUGUUUAAAUUACAGCUUGUGUCAAUAAAAACUAUAAAUUUGCUUGCAAAACAUGUUAAUUGUCAACUACUUGGACAUUUUUUUGCCAAUUUAAUUGUUACUAAUUGCAAUAGUUGAACUAUAAACUUCAAAGCUUUUUAAUGUACCAUUUAUCAUGUUGCAAUUGUGUCAAACCCUUUCUUUUUUCUGUUUUAUUCUUGUGUUUACAGUAUUUCAAAUCCAAUAUUUAUGAUUAAUAUCUAUCGAUCUACAUGAAUGUUACCAAGAAUAAGAAAAUUGCUACUUAUGCUAACUUUUCGGUUAACUAAUAAAAGGCGAUUGUCUUUGUUAAUAAAAUUGAUCCCUUGCUUAUUACUUGUGACUUAUGUUGUAAAUAAAAUCAGUCCCAUCGUCAGUGAGGAUGAACGAGCUAUUGGUUAUGGCUAUCAACAUGAUCAAAUCGCUUUUACACAACCAUCACAACCUUCGACAUCAUUAACACCUAAUGCUUUGAGAGCACUUUUUAAUUCUACAAAUGACCAACAAAUAAUUUUCAACCUCGACAAAUAUGGUCCACUUAUACCAGGUGAUCCUGUAAUUGUUGUACAGGUCCAUGAUCGUAUUGAAUACCUCAAAGUUUUAAUCAAUUCUAUAGAAAGUGUGCAAGGUAUUGAUAAAACCUUGCUCAUUUUCACCCAUGAUGUUUACAAUCCAAUAAUCAAUUCCAUUGUUAAAUCUAUUGGAUUUUGCAAGGUAAUCCAAUUAUUCUACCCGUUUUCGUUACAAGCAUAUCCAAACGAAUUUCCUGGAACAGAUCCUAAAGAUUGUCCUAGAGAUAUUAAACAGCAAGAAGCAAUAGCUUUAAAUUGUCAAAAUGCAGAACAUCCUGAUACUUAUGGUCAUUAUAGAGAAGCUGUAUACACACAAACGAAGCAUCAUUGGUUUUGGAAGAUGAAUACCAUCUUUGAUAAAUUAAACGUGACAAAGGAUUAUGACGGACCUUUCGUCUUUCUGGAGGAAGACCACUAUGCUGCUCCCGAUAUGUUGCACAUGUUAAAAUCAAUGAUGGAUCUCAAACUUCAGAACAACUUGGAUGUUGAUCUCUUCACUCUCGGAGCUUACGUAAAAGUUUUCAAUUAUUUGAAAAAUAGCGAUAAGCUAGAAAUUAACAAAUGGGCUUCGAAUUUACACAACAUGGGAUUUGUGUUGUUUCGUAAUGUAUGGAACCAAAUCAGAUCUUGUUCAAAAAAUUUUUGCACUUACGAUGAUUACAAUUGGGACUGGUCUCUCCAACAUAUAAGCGAAAAAUGCAUGACGAGGCCUUUGAAAACACUAGCUGUAAUCGCUCCAAGAGUUUUCCAUAUUGGCGAAUGUGGAGUGCACCAUAAAAAAAGUGAUUGCUCAAAAAAUCAACUCAUCAACAAAGUUCGUCAAACGCUGAAAGCAGCAGUUAAUUAUUUAUUUCCUAGUCAACUAAUCGUCCAAAAAACAACUAAAAGAAGUUCAAAAAUGUCCAAAGUGAAUGGAGGCUGGGCUGAUAUACGAGAUCACAUAUUAUGUCUCCAACAAGUUGUUUAUGUUGAUAAGAUGCAAGAGUUUUAAUUUUUUACAUUCCCAGAAACGAAAAGACAAUUUGAACAUUUCAAAUUUAAUGUGCCUAUCAAUUCAUGGAAUUGUAUUUUCCCUUUAUUCUUAGAUUCUGUGACUUUUUCUUGUAAUUAAAUAAACUAGCAACUUUUUGAUAUCA